GCUCGCCCAGCCGCAGUCCGCAGGAGCCGCCGCCGCAGCCGGCCGCGGGGCGGGAUUCCGGGGCCGUCGCAGGGAGCGCGCUCGGCUCUCCGCGCCUGUGUUUCGCCCGCCCCGCUCCUCGCCGCGUCGGUCCGCUGGCCGGGUCCGGCUCACCAGCUCCGAGCCCAGGCUCCACGGCCGCCGCGGGGACCCGCCCACCGGACCCUGCCCGGGCCGCACGGCCGCCUGUUCGGACCCCGCCGUUGAUGACACCUGGCAGAAGGCUACCAUGGAAGGGGACGGUUCCGACUCGCUGGUUACCAUUAAGAAUAUCGAAAGAGAGCUCAUUUGCCCAGCAUGCAAGGAGCUGUUCACCCACCCGCUGAUUCUCCCUUGUCAACACAGUCUCUGUCAUAAGUGUGUAAAAGAACUCUUACUGACCCAUGAUGACUCGUUCAAUGAUGUGGGAUCGGACAACUCCAAUCAGAGCAGUCCUCGACUUCGGCUCCCGUCCCCUAGCAUGGACAAAAUUGACAGAAUUAGCAGACCAGGCUGGAAGCGCGGUUCCCUGACUCCUAGGACAACCACUUUCCCUUGCCCCGGCUGUGAGCACGACGUGGAUCUCGGAGAACGAGGAAUCAGUGGUCUGUUUCGCAAUUUCACUUUGGAAACUAUCGUGGAGAGGUACCGGCAGGCAGCGAGGGCGGCCACGGCCAUCAUGUGUGACCUCUGUAAGCCACCACCCCAGGAGUCCACCAAGAGUUGCAUGGACUGUAGCGCGAGCUACUGCAAUGAGUGCUUCAAAAUCUACCACCCGUGGGGUACGGUGAAAGCUCAGCACGAGUAUGUGGGUCCAACUACCAACUUCAGGCCCAAGAUUUUAAUGUGCCCAGAACAUGAGACGGAGAGAAUAAACAUGUACUGUGAGUUGUGUCGGAGGCCGGUGUGUCAUCUCUGUAAGUUGGGCGGUAAUCAUUCUAAUCACCGGGUGACCACCAUGAGCAGCGCCUACAAAACUUUAAAGGAAAAGCUUUCAAAGGAUAUUGAUUACCUUAUUGGCAAGGAGAGCCAGGUGAAGAGCCAAAUUUCUGAACUAAACUUGUUAAUGAAAGAAACAGAGUGUAAUGGAGAGAGAGCCAAAGAAGAAGCAGUCACACAUUUUGAAAAGCUCUUUGAAAUUCUAGAAGAGAGGAAAUCAUCUGUUUUGAAAGCGAUUGAUGCAUCUAAGAAACUAAGAUUAGACAAAUUUCAGACUCAAGUGGAGGAAUACCAGGGACUUCUAGAGAACAAUGGGCUUGUGGGCUACGCCCAAGAAGUGCUUAAGGAGACGGAUCAGUCCUGUUUUGUACAGACGGCCAAACAGCUCCACCUCAGAAUACAGAAAGCCACGGAAUCUCUGAAGAGCUUUAGACCCGCGGCUCAGACGUCCUUUGAAGACUAUGUUGUGAACACAUCGAAACAAACAGAACUUCUUGGAGAAUUGUCCUUUUUCUCUAGCGGCAUAGACGUGCCGGAGAUCAACGAGGAACAGAGCAAAGUGUAUAACAAUGUUCUGAUCAACUGGUACCAUCCCGAAAAGGAUAAAGCGGAUAGCUACGUCCUUGAGUAUCGGAAGAUUAAUAGAGAUGAAGAAAUGCUGUCUUGGAACGAGAUAGAAGUCUGCGGCACCAGCAAAGUGAUCUCAGACCUGGAAAGCAAUUGUAACUAUGCUUUCAGAGUGAGAGCCUACAAGGGCUCCAUCUGCAGUCCUUGCAGCAGGGAGCUGAUUCUUCAUACCCCGCCGGCUCCAGUUUUCAGUUUCCUCUUUGAUGAAAAAUGUGGCUACAAUAAUGAACACCUCCUGCUGAACUUGAAGAGAGACCGCGUGGAGAGCCGAGCCGGGUUUAAUCUCCUGCUCGCGGCAGAUCGCAUCCAAGUGGGUUAUUACACGAGCCUGGACUACAUCAUCGGAGACGUUGGAAUUACCAAGGGGAAGCACUUCUGGGCCUUCCGUGUGGAGCCGUAUUCCUACCUGGUCAAGGCAGGCGUCGCUUCCAGUGAUAAACUGCAGGAAUGGCUCCGUUCUCCCCGGGAUGCAGUUAGUCCAAGAUACGAGCAAGACAGUGGCCAUGACAGCGGAAGUGAAGACGCCUGCUUUGACUCCUCACAGCCGUUCACACUGGUCACCAUCGGCAUGAAGAAGUUUUUCAUACCCAAGUCAGCCACGUCUGCCAACGAGCCUGAGAACAGAGUUCUCCCCAUGCCCACGAGUAUAGGGAUUUUCCUUGACUAUGACAAAGGCAGAGUGGCUUUCUAUGACAUGGAUCACAUGAAAUGCCUUUACGAGCGCCAGGUGGACUGCUCACACACCAUGUACCCAGCAUUUGCCUUAAUGGGCAGCGGGGGAGUCCAGCUGGAGGAACCCAUCACGGCAAAAUACCGAGAAUACCAAGAGCACAUGUAGUUUAAGCAUCUGACGUGACUUAGGGUAGAAAGGGGAGCAGAAUAAUGCCUUGGUGUUAACCUUCGUAACUAAUUACAUAUCCUCUAAGUAGUCUGUGAUCACAGUGGUUUUUGUGCGUGUUUCCUCUUAGGUCGGAAAACCUAAAAGGUUCUGCCUCUUCCUGUCGUCGUCCUGCCUUUCACAAGCCAUGGGAGUAAAGACCCUCCUGGUUAAUUAACUCUGAAAUGGUUAACUCUCUAACUGGAUUGUCUGUCUUUUUUUAUGAACAGGAAAUCUAAUUUAUUUAUGUCAGCCCUGUUGCUGACACUUACAUGUCUUUCUUUGGGGGGAGGGAAGGGAUACAAAAGUAUUUAUUAUUACAUUUCUUUGGUGUUCGAUUUUUUCAUUUUGUAUCAUGUUCAUGUCUUAAGAUACUUUUUAGAUGCCUUAUGGGUGGAAAUUAGUACUUAGCUUGUGUCUCACAUAUGUUUUUCAUAGGAGAACAAAAGUAUAGAUAGGUUAAAAAGGUCAGAGAAAGGGUAGUAUAUUUAAAUGGAAGAUUAUGUAUUUUGAGGUGUAUAACCGAUUUUCAGAGUAUAUUCCCUGCAAAAUGAAUACUGCUUUUUUUUUCUUUUAAGAUUAAAAAUUGUAUUUUUAAGGAUAUUUUAAAGAGUUCCUUUAGCUGUAAUGCCCACACCUUUGUGUGUAGUUAAACAUUGUUUGUUUGUUUGUUUUUUUGCAGGAAACACAAAGUUCUUGGCUAACACUUGAAACUUGUCACUUCAUAUAAAAUUUGUCUUCAGUUUUUCUUACUCUAUGAAAUGAGUUAUAUCAAAUAAUUUAUUUUUUACAAAUAUUAGUGAAGAUUCACUGAUAUUUAGCAUAUUGGUUCUUUUGCCCUCCUAUCGUGUCCUGUGAUUUUAUGAUUUUCUUUUUGGCACCGAUACUGUAUAUUAAAUUGUCCUGGUUUAUGUUUACAUGUUUGGAAAGUUCACGACUUAUUUUUAAAGUCAUUAAAUUAUUCUAAAAUGUGAAGUAACUGGUCAGUUGGAUGUUGUUUUCUGUGGCCGAUUGUUUAGCAGUAAGCGUCUGUAAAAGUAAGUAAAAGACAAAUCUGGUUGUUUAGGAAUAAUAACAAAAAUCAUAGUGACUGUGUACCCUUUUAACAGCUCUUGUUUGAAGAAUUAAUAUUUUAAUUGAAAUGUUAUGUUCAUUUUUAAAUGCUGUCUCUUACCUAGAUGCUUUUUUAAUUUAAACUGUGUAUUUUUUAGACAUUAAAAUACUCAGAAGCUA